AUGGCGAGGUUGCUCCUAUUCCUUUACCAGCUGUCGGCCCGUUGUGAAGACGAAGAGGAGCCUAUCGAUCAUCGACGCGAGGAGGCUGUUGAGGCUAUCGACAGUUACGAAGAUGACGACCCUGCGGAGCGUGCUCCACCUCUAUCUCCUGACGAUGGUCACGAGUACCGGCCUUAUCGUGUCGGUCGAAAUCCGGGUCUGCUCGAAAACAUUAACGAGGGCAACAUUCUACCGGUUCGCAUGCGUGCUCAGCGUCGCGUCGCCGCCCUCAGUAUUGUGUCCACGCGCCAGGUCCUUCGUCGUGAACCAGAGCUCAUCGCGACGGUCUCCACUCGUCACCCACUGCUUCCCACGACCUUCAAGGAUGCGAUGGCUUCGCCCGAGUCCGAGUCCGAGUCCUAGUCCUAGUACGCUGCGUCCGUCAAGGAACUCAACUCCAUGGGCUUGCACAAGGUCUUCAAGCUUUCGAGGCUACCCACCGGGGCUCGUGCCCUGGGCUAUCGUUGGGUGUUUACUCGGAAGGAAGACGCCAAAGGCAAUAUCAUCAGCCACAAGGCUCGUCUAGUCGUCCAAGGCUUUGCUCAACGGCUGGGGUUCGGCUACAACGAGACGUUUGCUCCUGUCUCGUCGAUCACGACGAUCUUGUUCCUCAUCGCCCUUUCUGCCGCUCACGGACUGAUUCUCGAACAGUUCGACUAUGAUUCUGCGUUUCUCAACGGGAUCUUGGAGGGGGAUGUCUACGUGAAGGUUCCCGACGGAUGGCCAGGAGGUUCUCGACCCGGCCAAGCCCUCAAGCUCCUCAAAUCCAUGUACGGCACCAAGCAAGCUCCUCGACAAUGGAAUGCGGCUCUCCACAAGCUGGUGACGGAUCACGGCUAUAUGCGCUCCAACGUCGAUGCUUGUCUCUACUUCAAGUAUCACGGCAAGUCGUUUGCGAUCAUCCCUUUGUACGUUGAUGACAAGCUUGCUGCAUCGAACAACCAGGCUUUUCUGGAUUCCGAGAUUUUGGCGUUCGAUGCGCUUUACUGGCGACCAGUUGGAGGAAGUUGGCCAUCUGCUCGCCGAAAACCGACGUAUCAAGGAGAGAAACCCUGUCUAUGUCGACCCGCGACUCGAAGAGCUGGUGUAAGGCAGGUGUGCCUUACGCACCUAAUGUGGCACCCGGUAUUUGAAUUACAUCAAUUCAAAUUGCUUUACUUUUGGAUCACGCGUUAGGGUGCCGCGCGCCUUUCAGCUGGGUCUCGAUGAUCUUGCCCGGUUCCCUGGCACGCUCGUAGAAUGGAACACCACCAUCACACGCCCCGGAUGGCUUCCCGUCGUAAAGUUCAAACCUGCUACGAAUGUGGAGGGUGUGUAUCUCCUUUACGAAACGGGUGUGGCAAAGGAUGGGGAUCGGCAAAACGGCGAAGUCCGCGGGGGCAAGCGCCGUCUGGAUGCUUGCCACAACAAGCUCACUUCGUUGCUGUAA